GCUAUUAGAUGAUCAUCUUAGCUCGUAUGUCACAAAGCCUCGGGCUACUAACACGAUUAGUGUAAGUGCUAUUCUCAUGUGUCACACAGAAAGUCUCUUGGACGUGGACGCGUUUCUCCUGCGAUCGCCAAUAUAUCUCUUACGUUGAACAACCUGCAGGAUGUUUUCAGAAGGCGUAGAAGACACGGUGAUUGCAGCAUUUGAACCUGUGUACGAGUACCUUCUGAACUCUUGUCUGAGCAGAUUCGUGAAAUGUUUUGUCGUCAUCAUCAUUCGGUGGGGGAAGUCUGGCUACUUUGACAGCCAAACGGCUCGUGAAGUUCCAUGCCUCUGUAUGUCUGGCAUGUCUCUCAUGGGUGACACGUUUCUCAAUAUUUAUGUUGUCAUAGGCAACGAUCCAGUCUCCAUGUUGAAGCUCUCUGUUCUGCUCUAUUGCCUUUGCAGCGUUUUCCACAUACCUAAAAUUGCCCUGGCAACCAACAUCAAACUAACUAGAAGCUGAAAACCUUUGACCUUGUCACUUGCCUUCUUCGCUAGUAAGCAGACUGCUGCCAAGCUGUAGAUAUCUUUUGGUCCUGUAGUGGUGUCAGUUUGGCCUA